CAUUGGACAACAACUACACGAGAGUGUGUAGCGUGCUGUAUCAUAAUAAAGUACAGUAACAACUAUAUUUUUGGGGCAAUGCGCCCUUAAAGUUUACCGCCAACCCCAAAUCAAAAGGAGACGAGGAAGAGCUGUAUUUUUGUAGGAAACAUUUGGAAAAUCAACGUAUGUUACGUAUAAGAUCCUAAACUUUCGUAUAUUUGUAGAUUGUGUUAUACGCGUGCCUGCAUCAGUUACAGCAGAGUGCUGCUCGUCGCCAUCAGAGGUCCAAUCCAGUCCCAACGUUGUAUCACCAUGCCUGGAAACAGACCCAACCUAAAACGUAAGAAAGAGACACCGAGCAGCGCCGAUGGAAAGCAGCCGAAGCUCGCAAAAGUGAAAGCGGGGAUGAUAGACAGGGUGCCCGGCUGGCUGGAGGGGGAAGUGGCUCAGCUCCGCAGAGAAGCACACGGAUGCGAAUUCAACAAGAAGCGCCUCCGGUAUCUGUCUGACUGCCAGAAAAUCAAGCAGGGAUCUGAUGGGGUGCUUUACUGGAUGGUCCGGGAUCAACGAACGCAAGAUAACUGGGCGCUGAUCUACGCUCAGCAGCUCGCGCUGACUGAGAAACUUCCUCUGCACGUCUGCUUCUGUCUGGUGCCACGGUAUAUGGAUGCAGCAUACCGACAGUAUGCCUUUAUGUUGAAAGGAUUGCGAGAAGUGGCAAAGGAAUGCAAAGGCCUGGAUAUUCAAUUCCAUCUACUGUCAGGAGAGCCUGGACAAAAUCUGCCAACGUUUGUUAAAGAAUGGAACUUCGGGGCAGUUGUGACUGACUUUAACCCCCUCAAAAUCUCUCUUCAUUGGAAUGAAACCGUUCAAAAAGAUCUUCCCUCUGAUAUACCUUUCAUUCAGGUUGAUGCACAUAAUGUGGUACCUUGCUGGGAAGCAUCUGGGAAGCUGGAAUAUGGAGCCAGGACUAUAAGGGGAAAAAUCACCAAACUUCUCCCGGAAUUCCUCACAGAGAUUCCACCUGUGGACACGCACCCCCACCCUGCUUCUCAGACAGCAAAGCCGAUAGACUGGGAGAAGGUGCUGUCAUCUCUUGUGGUGGACCGGAGUGUAGGAGAGGUGGAUUGGGCCAAGCCUGGGACCUCAGGUGGUAUGGCCAUGCUUGAGUCCUUUAUUGAUCAGCGUCUUCGUCUCUUUGCCACGCACAGAAAUAAUCCCAAUGCUGAUGCUGUCAGCAAUCUGUCACCGUGGAUCCACACUGGUCAGCUGUCCUCUCAGCGCAUUGUGAUGCAGGUCAAGCGAGAGAAGAGCUUCAGCGAGUCUGUGGCGUCAUUUACAGAAGAGCUGGUUGUGCGCCGGGAACUUGCUGACAACUUCUGUUUCUACAAUCCCAACUAUGACAACAUUUCAGGUGCAUAUGACUGGGCAAAAAAGACUUUGCAGGACCACGCUAAAGACUGCCGGACGUACAUUUACACCAAAGAGCAGCUGGAGAACAGCAAGACCCAUGACCAGCUCUGGAAUGCAGCGCAGCGACAACUGGUGGUAGAAGGAAAGAUGCAUGGCUUCCUGCGCAUGUACUGGGCGAAGAAGAUCCUGGAAUGGACUGCAUCCCCUGAAGAAGCCCUCUCUAUUGCCUUAUAUUUCAACGAUCACUAUUCCUUGGAUGGAUGUGACCCCAACGGAUUUGUGGGUUGUAUGUGGUCCAUCUGUGGCAUUCAUGACCAGGGCUGGGCAGAGAGGCCCAUUUUUGGGAAAAUCCGUUAUAUGAAUUAUGCCGGCUGCAAGAGGAAGUUUGAUGUGCCGCAGUUUGAAAAGAAGUAUGCUGCCACUGACUCUUCCAAAAAACAUGGGACAUCCUUAUAGCUUAAUUCAAAUACAUUUCUGAAAUCCAAACGAUGGUCAGUCCAGUUCUGUUUACACUGCUUUUAAAGAUUCAUUCUGAACUUUUUGGCAGACAUUUUUCUACGUUGAGGAGAAGCUUAUUAUUUGUCAUUUAUAACAGUUUUUUGGUCUACGGGAGUUAAUCUGUGUUUUUUUAAAUGUAUACAGAUGUAUUGAUAUCUUGUUAUCUUACAUGUGACUACACAAUAAAAUCUUGAAAUUCACAAUAUAGA